UUAGUUACUAAACGUGCGUGCUGUAGUCUGGUUGUUUUCGUCGUCGUUUUCAGCCAUAAUAUACAUAACCGGUAUUGACUAGUAACAACAUUUUUAAGUGCUUUGCCUAUUGGAAUGUGUGCAUAGUUUGGUGAAAGGGGACCUCAGCUGACAUAUUCAGAUAUCGAGCGGGUGAAUGCGUGGCGCACUCUGUCGGGGUUUAGCGGCGUGAGGUCGCGAGACGCGCGGGGCGGGAGCCGCCUCCCCCUACUUCAGUUGCUUCUGCGAUCUUGUAGUGAGAGGACGUCGCUGCGCGCGCCACCACAAGGACCGUUUCGCGGCAACUUUGAACAGUGACAGUGGAGUGUGAAUCGUGAUAGAGAAAUGUGUGACGGAUUGCGGUGCGCUACAAAUUGGAUGCAGUGAAUACGGAUCACAGUAACUUGGAUUGCAGUGUUGCUUUUCGGAUUUUGGUACAACUUUGUGGAUCCAAACUGGGGAUGCAUAAGAUGGAGCUGGGUGACAGCGUUUACGCCGCUGAGCGGAUCACCAAGAAGAGAAUUAGAAAGAGCAAAGUGGAGUACUACGUGAAAUGGAAAGGCUGGAAGCCGAAACACAACACUUGGGAGCCGGAGGAGAACAUUCUCGACCCGCGGCUCAUUCAAAGCUUCGAAAGAGGCGAGGAACUACGCAGACAAGGUCGGAAGAGGGAACGGGAACACUCGCCCGUCGAGCGAGCACGCAGCGGCUCCGAGGAGCGCCAUCCGCCGCCGGGGAAACGCAAGGCGGAAGUUCUGUCGCGAGAAUCGGGAAAAAUCGGCGUCACGAUCACUAUGAGUCCGCCGGCCAAGCGGCACGACUCCACGAAAGUGAACGGCGGGAGGACGCACGCCCAGCCUCCGCCGCCGGCUGCGCCGCCGGGCGGUGCCCCGGCGCCGGCGUCUCCCGCGGCCGAAGCCGCCGCACCGAGGACGGGACCUAGGAGAGCACCGCAUUCCCCGGAGGAAGCAGACGCUCACACUCCUCCCGAAAGAGAAAGGCGAACAGAUUCUCAGCCGACGGCGACGGCCCCCGCCGAGCCGAAGGGCGCUCGGCCUCCACCACCAGCCCCGCCGGCGGAGGACGAAGACUCGUGGGGCGAAGCCCCCGUCGCCGCGCCGAACCCGCCCCCUCCUCCUCCCCGACGGGGAGCCGCGUACUGGAUGGCGCGAUCCCCUGUCGCCGAUCAAAUCUUCAUAACGGACGUCACCGUCAACCUGCAAACGGUGACCAUCAGGGAGUGCCGCACCGAGAAAGGAUUCUUCAGAGCGCGCGAGCACCGACCGCUCGAUAUAACGUAAACUUCGUAGUUUCGAAUUCUCGUACAAAUUUUUAUCAAUAGACAUUGUGUACAGGCAUAGGUAGCUAGUAUUUAUUUAGUUGUUACUACACGAGCUGUUGAUGCGUAGACAUACCGUCGAAGUGUGAUCGAUUCCUAGUUGUAAGUGUGCCUAAAGAACGGAAACGAAAGGAAUAAAACGUAUGAUUGAUGUGACAAGUUUUGACUCUUAAUAUGUAGUAGGUAACCUCAAGGCGAUAUGACCACCAAUUUGUAAACAAGUAGGCAAAUUAUUGUCAAUUGUUAAAAAUAGAAUGUCUAUUAUUUGUUAAAUUAUUGAUAAUAAUAUUGACUGGUUAUUGUACCUCCCUGUAACCUGAUACUAUAAUUCUACAAUAGGUUAAUGGCUCUAAUGCUUUUAUAUAUUCAUAUAUACUUUUAUAAUAUAUAAUAUAAUAAUUGUAUCAAACUGCACCUUAAUUUCUUAUCGAAAAUUAAUAUUGCAAUAACAUUUUCAUUAAUAGUAAUGAAUUAUAAUAAUUCUUUGAUCAUAAUAUUUCUUUGAUAUUGUAGAAAACUGUAAUUCAUUUCAUGUCAAAAUUGAUAUUUUGAAGUUAAUAAGCGAAUCUCUUGAGAUUUCUGUUUAUAUUAAUUGUAGGGAGCUGUAAAUAAUUAAUAAUUAUUAUUGUACCUAAUUAAUAUUAUGUUUAACCCAGAUAGAACUUUGUUUAUUUUUGUUGUUGUUAUUUAUAGGAACUUCAAUUUAAUGUUCCAAUUACACCUUGUGAUGUAUUUUUAGGUUAUUUAUAUUGUAAUUUUAUGUUUAUAAAGGUAAAUGUUUGAAAUCACUGAAAAAAUAUUUUCCAAGGCAUAUUUAUGACAGUGUGAACAAUUCCUUUAAAUUAAUUUCUAAAGAAUUCAAAAUGAUUUUUGGUUUAUAAAAUGAACUGAUUGUUUUGUUUGUACAUAUUAUUUUUGCGGAAUAUUUGUUAUUAGGGUUGCCAUGAUUUAAGAUAUAUCACUAUGGAAUUUAAGUAUAAAUAUUGAAUAUUAUUAUAAAUUUGGUGACCCCUUUACAAGUAUUAUUAAUACAUAAGAAUGUGUUCUUUAAUUUGUUAUAUCUACCUAUUAUUUGGUUCCUUUUAUUUAGUAUCAAGUGGAGACGUGAACUCGUAGUUUUUUAAGUUUAUAGUUUGUGUAGGUACUUGAAAUAAAACAAUUUUGUUGAUUACACAUAUUAAUUACUUUAAAAGAUGGGUGUUUACCAUGCAGAUUUUGUAUUACCUAGUCCUACAGUGUUUUAAUAACAUAAAAAUAAGUUAACAUACUAUGUCAACGCAUUUAAAUAUUCCUUUAUUGAAAGAUUCAUAAAAAAUAUAUACCUAUAGUUGAGCCUUUUAAAGAUAUUCGAUGUAGACAAGUGCAAGCCGGUGUUACCCUAUUGCAAACUUCAUAAGAAGUCUUUAAAAAAGAUUCAAAAUUAUCAAAAAGCAUUUCUUUUAAAAAUGAAUUUGUAAGCUAAGUAUUCUUUUGUACAAAUAUUGUUAGUAAUUAUGGUUUGUUUACAUCUAGUAUAUACCGUAUGGGGCUCUAGUAUAAGUAUUCCUAUUAAUCAACAUUGAUUAACAAUGUUAUUGUAACAUUUCGCCAAUUGCAAGUCAUAAAAUUGUUUUAUUUUUGGUAUUUACGAGUUGAAUAGUGCAUUUUGAUAGUGACAGUUGUAAAUAGUGUAAAUACUUUAUGAUAGAGCACUUGUUUUAUAAUGUGAUAGUCCUCACACAUUGUAGCUUGUAAAUAAAUGAGAAUGAACUAGACAA